CGACAAAACACACGAAGCCACGCCCAUCAUUUCCCCCCAGCAUGCUUAGCUUCAAGUCAUGGACCAAAAUGACAAUGACCUUCAAGGAACUGAUGGUUCAGUGGCACUUGGAGGUCUUGAUGUUCGCAGGCAGAUCCCGAUCAAGUUGCUGUCUAAACAGUCGAUAAGAGGCAAACCAGCUGCCCGACCCCAGCGAACCACUACCAGACUGCACUCAAAAAGUGAUGAAGAGUCGUUCAGUUAUAAACAGGAUGAAAGGUUUGAGUGCAAAUCUGGAGAUGCUUACGGAAACCAGCGCAGAUACCCUCAACCCAUAUUCUGGGAUUAUAAGCUGAAUUUAGUAGGAGCAAAAGAUGACACUCCGGUUCAUUUUUGUGACAAAUGUGGCCUGCCAAUAAAGAUCUAUGGACGAAUGAUUCCCUGUAAACAUGUUUUCUGCUAUGAUUGUGCAGUACACUAUGAGAAGAAAUGUGACAAGACGUGCCCUGGUUUCUCUCUCUACAGCUGCACGGAUCCCGUCCAGCGCAUCGAGCAGUGCCAGCGGGGUUCACUAUACAUGUGCAACAUUGUGCAAGGCUGUAAACGUACCUACCUCUCACAGCGAGAUCUACAGGCCCACAUUAACCAUCGCCACAUGAGGGCCAGCAAAUCUGGAAGCUCUCGGCCAGACCCGCUGCACCCAACCAUGGCCUCAGAUCCACAAGACCGCUUCCGGCUACCUCCACCACCCCACCUGACCAAGGGGCACCCUCUGCAUCCUCCCCCUCUACACGAUGCUUACAACCAGCCACUGCCAGUCUCACCCUCUUCUUCAGAUCUGGGACCUUCCCAGCGGCCUCUUCCCCCGGAGACCUUCCGGAUUUCCACCGUAACUACACGCACGCAUAGCAACCUCAUCACAGUGCCCAUCCACGAUGACUCUGGGAACCCCUCCCCCCGUGAGCCCCACCCACAGACGCCACCCGGUCCACCUCCACACCUUCACCCCGGUGACUAUUCCAGCCAACCUGUGGUAUCCCAUCCGCACCACAUAAUGCCUCCCCCACAACAACCGCAUUACGGGCCGCCGCCACCACCGCGCCCUCUCAACAUCCCAAUGCAACAUCCACCCCAGGGCUCGGCCACACCUCACAUGGUUUAUAACCAAGCACCACCCAUGUCAACAGCUCCCCCACCAAUCACCCCUCCACCCGGACACAUCAUCAACCAAAUGCCACCUUAUAUGAGUCAUCCACCACCUGGUCCGAUUCCCCAACAUGGAGGUCCACCUCCUCCUCACCACUAUAACCCAAACUCCAUGCCACAGGACCAAGGCACUCUUAGCCCUCCGUUUACCCAACCAGGAGGUAUGAGCCCAGGGAUGUGGCCCAAUCCGUGUGGCCCUCAUCCACCUCGUAUGCAGGGCCCUCCACCACAGGGACAGAUGCCAGGGCCACACCACCCGGAUCAGUCACGUUACAGACCAUAUUACCAGUAGCAUCCUGCC